GGGAGUUAACACGAUCUGGGGUCAGUGUACCUGUAGUCAUCGUGGGGGUAACAUCAUGCGUGGAUUAUCUUCUACCUGGGUGUGGAUAAUUCAGGUGCUGGUGACGGGCAGUGUGACGGGCAGUGUGACGAGUAGUGUGACGCGCAGGUUUGAGUGCCCCGAAGCUGGUAACUACUCCAUCCGGGGGAGUUGUGGCACCUUCAUUGAGUGUGUGCCGGGUCAGGGAGGAGUGCUCGAGCCCCUUCAGCGGACCUGUGACACCAACCUAGCCUUCUCUCCCUUCCUCAACACCUGCCUGGAGGAGUCUCUCGUUAAGGGAUGCAACAAGACGAUGAAAGGUGAUGAGAUGAAGUAUUUACGUAAGCCCUCACUGGACCACAUCUGUUACGACGCUCCCAACCAGUACAUGUGCGCCAACUGUAAGACCCUCGUCAACUGUGUGGACGGCAGGGCCCACGCGACCCAGUGUAACACGGGCAACUUCUGCUACAACUACAACAACGAGUUCGGGGGUCAUGUCUGCUACCCGGGGCGACCUACUCAGUGCCUCUGUCAAGACUCCAAUGUGUUCUACCGAGACGCCUACGAUCAAGGGGCGUUCUUCAUCUGUGACGAGUCCGGGGAGAAUAGGAUGCAUCAGUGCCCUGAAGGAGACUGGUUUGACGAGAAGGCGGUAGAGUGUCGCAGCUUCUCGGGUCUGCCCAGAUGUACAACACCUGGGACCUUCGCUCACGCCGAGGACUGUACCAGAUACUACAGCUGUAUCGUCACCACGCACGGCUGGCUACAACACGAGUAUCAGUGUCCCUACGACAGGGGGGUCCUCUUCUACAACGAGCAGACGGGGAGCUGCGAGGACCCCUGCUUCUGGGAGAAACCCAGAUUCGAAUGCACCCAAGAGGGGAGGUUCGGGGACCCGACGGACUGCAGGAGGUUCUACGUGUGUACGUGGGACGCGGUGGCUCACAAGUAUCGGCAGGUGCUGCGUCAGUGUCCCUCCGGGUUUGAGUGGCAACAGAUAGUGAGGAACGGAUCAGGGCGCUGUACCACCAUGGUGACGGAAGACUGUAUCCCUGUAACCAACACUCGCUGUAUCGUACCUGAGGGCCUCUGUAACUGACACUCACUGACAGUUCCUGCUUGACUGACACUCACUGACAGCUCCUACAAGACUGACAGUCUACCUUAUAGACAAUAAUAUCCUUGUUAACUGAUUCUGUUAUUUAUAUAUUGUUAAUUUAUUUAUGGAUGGCGACAAA